UUGGCUUCAAACGACCCAAACAAUCCUGUUGAUUAUUUUCAGAGAGGGACAAUCAUUGACAACACGGGCGUAUAUGUGAUUCAUCCUUUUCCUGACAGGCACGCCCACCGAGCCAAAAGAGGCACUGAGAACGAAAAUGGGGUUCAUGUUGUUUUCAAACGGGAAGCUGUGGUGCCAGUCACGGAUUUCUGUGGUCUAGACAAUGUCGUGACGGAAGAGCAGCUAACUGAAGAUGAUUCAGCCAUUUUCGAGGAUGUUUUUGUAACUGGGCAACGGCUACAGCAAAUGAGUGAUUUAGUGGUAGAGCUGGCCGUCUUCGUCGACGAAACCCUUUGGAGGCACUUCAGCAGCAAGUACGGGAACCAGGCGCAUACAAAGUUGCAAGAUUACAUGCUGACCCUGUUGAACAACAUCCAAAUCAUGUACUAUCAACCGUCGGCAUCGCCGCCAUUGACGUUUCGAGUCAUUCGCUAUGAAGUUCUGACGAGUCAACCGAGUUCCAUAGCCGGCAGUACCCACAACCACGGCAACGCGCAAAUGUACCUGGAUCGCUUCUGCCGCUACCAGCGCAACCUGGGCAUCCGCGAUUGGGACCACGCCAUCAUGCUCACGGGCUACGACAUCCACCGUGGAGCCGGAUCGCGAUCCAUUUCUGGAAUCGCACGACUCGACGGGAUGUGCGAUCCGUGGAACACCUGCACGCUGGCCGAAGGCCUCGACUUCACGUCGGCAUUCAUUGGCACGCAUGAACUGGGUCAUAGGUGA